CCGAGGGGCGAGCGGGUCUGCUCAAACAGUCCCUGAGUCUUGUGGUUGCUGGCUGCACUGCAGAGCAGAGCAGGGCAGUUGAGGAGAGAGAGAGGGUGCAGAGAAGUGAAGGGCAGGCAGGUUGAGAGAGAGUGGGAGAGAGCAAGAGAGAGAGAGAGAGAAAGCCAGGCAGGACAGCAGUGUGACAGCAGAAUCGGGUUUGCUGGGAUUUGGUGGUUUGUGCUGUGCUGCAGAGAGGUGCAGAAUGAAGGCAGGGAAGGUAGCACUGCAGCACAGCUCUCGGGCUAAGCCAGGGAGAGAGCACCCUGGGAACCUGUGCCUGUCCUAAAGGCAGGACAUUUCUAUCUGCAGGCAUGCCGGGCCCUGAACAAGGUAAGUGGGAUGAUACGCAUCAAGAGAUUGAAUUUAAGUCAAUCUCUGGACGAUACAGAGAGCAUUUCCCAAGGACCAGAUGUGCCAGAUGCAGUGCAGACCUUCGACCUCUCCAUGAUGCUGGCUUCGGGAAGGCUGCUCUUACUUCUGAACUGAGAGGCCCGAGGCCUGAUGCCUAAGGAUUGUGCAGGGGAAUAGAAGGAAGGAGUAGAGGUGAGGGGAGAGGGAGUGGGAGAGGGUGGAGAAACCAGGGAAGAAGAAGAAGAGGAGGAGGAGGGUGCUGUAUUUUUGGAUGAGGGAUCUCCUGAAUUAAGGGCUGCUGGGAUAAAGAUGUAGUGUGAGCAGCAGGCAGAACAAGGAGCGUGCUGUAGUGCUGCAGCAGAGAAGAGAGUUGGACAACACACACCCUACAAGUCUGUGUGUGACUCCAGCCAAAGCAGAGGGAGCCCACCAUCGCCGCCACUGGGCUGGGAAGAUGCCCUCUCGCUGUGGCACAGCGGUGCGGAUCUUCAUUACCACUCUCUUUGCAGCUGUGGUACUCUUUGCUAUCCUGCUGGCAUAUGUGACCGGCUACCAGUUCAUCCACACCGAGCAACACCACCUCUCCUUCGGCCUGUACGGCGCUUUCCUCUCACUUCACCUGCUGCUGCAGAGCCUCUUCGCCUAUCUAGAGCACCGGCACAUGCGGGGGCCCUCACGGCCCUGCCACCUGCGGCGCACUGUGGCCCUCUGCAUUGCUGCUUACCAGGAGGACCCUGACUACCUGCGAAAGUGCCUGCGUAGCAUUCGCCGCAUCUCCUUCCCAAGCCUCAAGGUGGUGUUGGUUGUGGAUGGGAACCGACCUGAGGAUGCCUACAUGAUGGAAAUCUUUCGGGAAAUAAUGGGGGGAGCAGAGCACACUGCUUGUAUGGUGUGGAAGGGAAACUACCACAGCGAUGGGGCUGGGGCUGCAGAGUCGGGCUCAGUGAAUGCGGAGGAGGCUGCACGGGUGGCAAGGAUGGUUCGCAGUUGUCGUUACUCCUGUAUAAUGCAAGAAUGGGGUGGGAAAAGGGAAGUCAUGUAUACAGCUUUCAAAGCACUGGGGAACUCUGUGGAUUAUGUGCAGGUGUGCGAUUCAGACACAGUUCUGGACCCAGCAUGUACUAUUGAGAUGUUGAAGAUCAUGGAGGAGGACCCAGAGGUGGGUGGAGUUGGAGGAGAUGUACAGAUCCUAAACAAGUAUGAUUCCUGGAUAUCCUUCCUGAGCAGUGUUCGGUACUGGAUGGCUUUCAACAUAGAGCGUGCCUGUCAGUCCUACUUUGGCUGCGUUCAGUGCAUCAGUGGCCCUCUGGGUAUGUACCGCAACUCCCUCCUGCAGCAGUUCCUGGAGCCCUGGUAUCAUCAGACCUUCCUGGGCAGCAAGUGCAGCUUUGGAGACGACCGGCACCUUACCAACCGGGUGCUCAGUUUCGGAUACAAGACAAAGUUUACAGCACGUUCCCAGUGUCAGACCGAGACUCCUACUCGGUAUCUACGCUGGCUUAACCAACAGACUCGAUGGAGCAAGUCCUACUUCCGGGAGUGGCUUUAUAAUGCUCUUUGGUUCCACAAGCACAGCCUCUGGAUGACUUAUGAGUCUGUGGUCACAGGCUUCUUCCCCUUCUUCCUGGUGGCUACAGUGAUCCACCUUUUCUAUCGUGGGCGGCUGUGGAACAUUCUGCUAUUCCUGCUUACGGUGCAGCUGGUGGGAAUGGUUAAGGCCACCUAUGCCUGUUUUCUGAGGGGCAGCCUGGUGAUGAUCUUCAUGUCCCUCUACUCUCUACUCUACAUGUCUAGCCUCCUGCCAGCAAAGAUCUUUGCCCUGUUGACUAUUAAUAAAGCAGGAUGGGGCACAUCUGGGAGGAAAAAGAUUGUGGUGAACUUCAUUGGGGCCGUGCCUGUGACUGUGUGGGCGGUCAUUCUGCUCGGAGGAGUGGCUUACACCAUUUACUGUGAGACACAGGAGCCUUUCAGCGAGACUGAGAAAGUACUGCUCAUUGCUGGGACCAUCCUGUACGCCUGCUAUUGGCUAAUACUCCUGGUGCUCUAUUUGGCUAUAGUGGCCAAGCGCUGUAACAAGAGAGAGGAGCAGUAUCAUCUGCCCUAUGCUGAGGCCUAGCAUGCCCGUCAAUACUACUUUAAUGGUGCUGCCAGACAAAUAAUCUAGAUAGGCCUGUCCUGAUAACUACAAUAUAGACAUGUCGUACAAUAUAUAGACAUGAGCUCAAUCAUGUUUGCUGACCUCGAUAUUGCCUGUAAUAUCUUUCUUAGUGUAGACAGCUUAUGAAAAUGAAUGAUCUGGUAUGUCAGUAUGUUUAAAACAGUGGUUUCGGUUUAUUUAUGUUUUAUUUAUUUAGGAUUUUUAAAUGAUCUAAAAAUGCUAAUUAUAUCACGUCACGAGCAUUUCUGGGACAAUAUAUUGUCCAAUGAAAAAUAGUUAUCGUGACAGGCCUGGAUCUAGGAUUAGUCUGAAGCUGCCCUCAAUUCUCCUGGUGCUAUAUUCAUCCAGUUAACUAACUUAAAGGCAGUUUCCUAGUUUUAAGCCUAGUCUUGGACUACACAGAAUUUUAAAUGGCGCUUUUAAGCCUAGUCUACAACAGGCUUAAUUCCUGAUGGUUGAAGGUUGUUUUGUGUACCAGCAGUCACAUAUCGAUGGCCUUUCAAGAAAGCUAUUUACCAGCUGUGCAGAAUUGUGCUUUUCAAAUAUAAAGCACACAUCAGAGAAAAAAAAGUCCAGCAAAGGUGCUGAAUAUAUAAAAACAGUAAUAUAAUAUAAUAUUAUAUAAAUGUAGAGAGACAGUUUAGACACUAGCAUAUUAAAUCCACAGCAAACUAGUACUAGUACUUAGAACUUUCUGCAUGGGAAUUAUACACUGUAUCAAAACUCUGUAUCAGGACCCUGGCAUCUUCCGCCAAAGUUAGAUACUUUUAAUCAUAAUUUAAUUGGUUAUACAAUCUGGCAAAAUUCCCAGUGCAGUCAAACAGUUUAAAAUCCAGCUACAUUCGACAUGAAAUAAACAAUAAUGAAUCAUACUCCACGGCCUUUAGUAAGUUUCCUUUCUAAAAUAGCUAAUAUUACUAGUUUUCAUGCUCUUUUUAAUCUAGAAGAUGGGAAGUGGGGACAAAACAGUUCAGGAAUACUGCAAUAGUAAAAUGCACAGUGUCUGUGAAGAAAAAUAUCAAGGGUGACUAUGCAAACUGAAACUUGAACACGCAAAGAAGACACAUAAUACUGUAUGUUUACAAUGUUUGUUCUUGAAAAGCAAUGGUAAAAAAUACAUACCAUUUUUUUAAAUAAUUAAUGCUUAUUAGUUUUUCAUUGUAUGUGGGAAAUCAGUUAGAUUACUUAUUUCAUGAACUUAUUUGUUAAAUGUCAACUCAGUAUUUUAUGUAUAUAAACAAGGGGUUUGAGUAUUGAGUAGUGAUAUUAAAUUUUUACUUUAAUAUGCAGAAUCAGACAUAAAGAGGAGUACUGAUGCUCACUUAUUGAACUAACCCUCAUGUAGCAGCACUCUCAGUGCCAAAUGUGUGGGUUUACUGAUUGCACUUCUGCAUACAUGCCUCCACACCUCCCUCUCUAUGAGCUCUGGCAAUCUGGCAAAGAACACUGCAACUAGUGUACUUGACUUAUUUAGACUUAUUUCAGUAAACAGGCUGGGUGCUUAUGAAGUGACUGCAUGCUUACAUAUGCUGGACAGUUGGUUAAAAGUAUUAUUUGACCUUUGGUAGGCAUAUUUUCCAAGGGCAUAACUUGAAUUUUAUGUGUAUAAACACAUUAUGAGGAACGGUAUUGGUAUUUAGGCAAUAAUUAGGCUUCGGUCAUAGCAUCUGAUGUGGAAUGUAUAGUGCAGGACCUAUAAAUUUACUUUACGAUUGAAAAAGCCAUUUUCAUGCCAUAAAGAAAACUAAAUUAAUAGUUGCCAAUUUGAUGUUCUACUCAGUGUUGACUGGACAAAUUCUAGUCUCAUAUAUGAAUAUGUCUAUUUUUUUUUUCUGAUAAAGUUAAUGGUUAUGAUUAGGCUACAUGGGAAUCACAAUGGGGCCCUCCAUUCAGUGUGAAAGCUAUGUGAUGUUUAUUUUAUUGAUUUUCUCACACACUUCAAUGUAAUUAAUCUAUUUUAAUAUAAAAUAUUUGGGAUAUUUUUAUCAAAUGCAAGAAUACUGAUGCAGAGCAAUCUAUGUACAUUGUUUUCAUUAGACGCACUGUAUGGGGCGUCAUGUUUAUGGACAUACUGUCCAAGGUCCAGGUUAACAUUUGAACUGUUAGAGGAAGUGUAAAGAAUAUACUAAACCAUUUUAGGAUGCUCUGAUUUGAAGAAUUUGGGAAACUGUUCAUUCAACAAUUGAUUCCAGUUUAAAAUUGAGUGUGGUUCAGUCAACUGCCCGUUUCACAAUGCACAACUAACAGUCGCUUUAAAAGCUAUUUCAUUCAUUACACCAGCCUUUUUAUGGUAUAAUGAAUCACAGUCUGCUAGGACUUGACACUGGGCUGGUUUCCCAGACAAAGAUUAGGCCUAAGUUUAGUCUAAAAAGUGGUUAAUCACUGUUGGCGUUGUGGUUUAGUCCAAGACUAGCUUGAACACGUGUCUGGGGAAACCAGUCUGUUACACUCUCUUUGUGUAAACAACUGAAAACAGCAGUCAUACAUACUGUUUGACCUCAAAUGAAUUUAUUGUGUAAAUAUUUAAAUAUGUAAAAGAAUGAUUUUUUUUAAAGUGUUUGAUAUGACUAUUGCAACAUCAACUGUGUUUAUUUUUGCAUAUCUUUAUUAUACCUUACAAAUGUUUU